GAAAAGGGAAGUGAGGCUUGGAGAGAAGUUUAACAUUUAGGAUCUUUUCUCGGCAACAUGUAGGGUUCUAAUAGCAAAAUGGGCCAUAACAUUUACGCAGCUGUAGAUCGUGGACUGGUAACAAAGGGAUUUCAAUUCUUUGUUUUGUGUGUGGUUGAGGGCUCAGAGUACACCGAGGCAAGUUCCUUGCUUGCGCAUACUUAACUAUUCUUUGGCCCAGAUUAAUCCUUUCUUAUUACCCUCAACGGCAAAAGACGAGUCAAGCAGUUGGGACUGCGAUGGCGAUGAGGUCUAUUCUACUUAAAGCAUCAAUGCCGACGUAACUACACAACUUUACGGGUUCCCAAUAAACCUUUUUACAUAUUUUGUGUAAGCUACACCUUUUGAAUUAACAUUACGCAAUACCAACUCACAUUAUUGGUCACAGCUGGUUUUCAUGUUUUAUACAAUAAACAGUAAAUUCUUGAAUUUAUUUGCAUCCAAAGCAUAUGACAACCAUCAUGAUAUUGAAGAUAAAAUGAUUGGUUACAGCCACUGCUUUGUACACAUCCAGAGUAGUCACCAUAGAUGACAACUGAGAAUAUUCCCAUUUUAUAAUGCGACAAAUAUCCUGUAUAAACUGUCGGGUUUGUGGGAAGCCAACUUCGACUAAUGCACAAUCACUCAUUUUUAUGUGAAUAAAUUUUCCUUUAAACUUGUACUGACAUCCCCAUGGAUUUUUUUUCCUUAAAUAUUUAUGUCAAUGAAAUUAAAGUUCUAAAAAUGUGGUCGUUUAAAGGAUUAACAGUAGAUUUAUUUGUUGUAAACUUAUUUACUCGGAUUUUAAUAUUAAACGCUAUUAAAAUGGCACACUUUUUAAAUCAUUGUUUCGUGAUUUCAAAAAUGGGGAAAAUAUUUUAGUAACUCAGCAUUCCUCCUUUCAAGCACAA